AUGGUUCGCAUCGCUGUCGUCCUUUCCUUCGCCGUCUCGGCCCUGGCCCUCGUCACCCCCAACAAUGCGGGCGCUAAGAACGUCGGUGCCGGCAACGGUGCCCAGUUCAUCACCGGCGGCUGCGUCAACAACGCCGACUGCGGCUCUGCUUGCUGCGCCAACAACGGCCAGGGCGCCGGCGUGUGCUCGGCCGAGGCCGCCGCGCUGCAGAAUGGCAAGCAGGGCUGCGGGUUUGCCGACCCCAACGCCACCGGGACGAUUGCUGCCGCCAAGGCGCAGGUGGCCAAGCAGGGCUUCUAA